AUGGCACCACACUUACUACAGUGCUUCCUCGUGCCUGCUCUCGCCCCUCCAAGUUGCACACUUGCCGUUUCAUUGGACUCGGAUGUUAUCUCCUCGGGGUCUAACUACCCGCACACCUCGCAGCAGUCAAAUAACUCCUUCAUAAGGUUGCUGCACUUCACACCAAUGCCAAAUCAGAACAAGCCACUGCCGCCAUUGGAGGAAAUAAUGCCUCACAUACUACGCUUCUGGAAGGCCCACCUCACUGACAAGGCAAUAGUAGAGGAACUGCAGAAGGUCAUUGAUACUGACCGCUAUGAGAUCGGCUUGUUGUUUUACGAGAGGGGGAUGGCUGUCUCCAGAUGUGUCAUCAAGUCAUACUUUGCUAUCUACGAAUCUGACCUAGUUCACCAACGCAAAGCAAGACGGCUUCGCCAAAAGUGUUUCUGGGCUGCCGGCAUCAAUGAUUUAUUUGCCGUGGACCAACACAACAAAUGGCUCCGAUUUGGUCUUGCCCUGCAUACCGGGAUUGAACCAUUUUCAGGCCGCAUCAUGUGGAUGAACCCCCAGCUUAUCCUGUCUUAUUACCUCGAUACCCUCAUGGAGCUUGGUCAUACGUAUUUCAAACACACAGGCAAAUCAAUGUUAUUGACAUUGAUCUCGGCACAGAAAACUUCGGGAUUGCCAAUGGACAUAUGCUGCUAUGUCAAUGGCACGAUCCCACACUACAAGAUUUUUAUCCCAUGGUUGAAAACAGAGUUGAAUGCAUACAAGGAUCGUGUUAAUAACACCACAAAAUGGCGCAAUCGUAACAAGGUGUUACCACAUGGAAUUCCGGAGCUGAUAUAUAAUUCGCCUCAAGAUUUUGGAGCGCUUGAUUUCAAGAUCGGCAUUGAGCCAGGUGCUAUUGAUGGUAUUCGUAGUGCCUAUAUCAACCCUUCGCACACAGUAUUUGACCUUGUGCCGCCAACUCUCGGUGAUCACCUUGCUUCUUGCUACGACCACUUGGGGUGUCCCGUCAUCACCUGCGACUCCAUCUGGGGAGUAUACUUGGAUAUGCUCAAUGCCAUCCAGCUCAGCAACGAUUUACCUGCUGAAAUCAUGCCUACAGAUGAUGAUGAAUUACCUUUGCUCACAAAUCAUGAAGACUUACAUUUCCAGGAAGACGAUAGCAGUUUUUAUUAUAUGGGAGGGGUCCGUGAUGUUUCUCAUCACAGGCAGCUGGAUGCUUUACUGGCUGAUGACGAACCUGACAUUCAACUUGAACACACUGAUGCAGUCCUCCAGGAGGAUUUCAAUGGUGUGAUUGUGUGGGAGUUCACGGAUGACGAAGGGGAUGAUAGUUUAGACGAGUGGUGA